CUGAGAUUCCAUUUUCUCCUCUGUUCGCAAUGGAAAUGGAUUCCAUUCCAAACGGCAACAACACCACCACCGGAACCACCCCAAUCGCCGCCGUCAACAACCAUCCCGCUCCUUCCUCAAAUCUUUCCCAAUUGACUGAGUCUCUGAAGUUGGAGCACCAGUUCUUGAGAGUCCCUUUUGAGCACUACAAGAAAACCAUCCGAGCCAAUCACCGCGCCGUCGAGAAGGAGAUGUCCGCCGUUAUCUCCGGCGUCACCGACGCUGCCGCCGCCGACUUGUCACCUGAUGACGCCGUCAACCACCUUAACUCCCUUGUCUCCCGCCUUCAAGGCCUCAAGAGGAAGUUGGAGGAAGGAAGUCGAGCAGAGAACUUGCAAGCACAGCGGUGUCGCAUACGUCUGGAUCACUUAGAAUCUGCUGAUGCAGAAAAUCUGUCAGAUUGGAAUAACACUCGCUUGAAGCGGAUUCUUGUUGAUUACAUGUUGAGGAUGUCAUAUUAUGACACUGCGGUGAAACUUGCUGAAUGCAGCAACUUGCAGGAUCUUGUUGAUAUUGAUGUGUUUCAAGAAGCAAAAAAGGUUAUUGAUGCUUUGCAAAAUAAGGAUGUAUCCCCUGCCCUAGCAUGGUGUGCUGAUAACAAAUCAAGGCUGAAGAAGUCUAAGAGCAAAUUGGAGUUCCAGUUGAGACUUCAAGAGUUCAUAGAAUUGGUAAGAGCUGAGAACAAUUUGAGAGCCAUCACGUAUGCUAGGAAAUAUCUUUCACCAUGGGGAGCCACCCACAUGAAAGAAUUGCAGCGAGUCAUUGCAACACUAGCUUUUAAAAGAGACACUGAAUGUACCAUGUACAAGGUCUUAUUUGAAGCUAAGCAAUGGGAUUAUCUAGUGGACCAAUUCAAACAGGAGUUCUGCAAGUUAUAUGGCAUGACUUUAGAGCCUUUGCUCAAUAUCUAUCUGCAAGCUGGCCUUUCUGCUCUGAAGACUCCAUACUGUUACGAGGAUGAUUGCACAAAAGAGGAUCCUCUAUCACAGGAGGCUUUCCGCACGCUAGCCUUGCCAUUACCAUAUUCAAAGCAGCAUCACUCAAAGCUUGUUUGCUACAUAACCAAGGAGCUAAUGGACACUGAGAACCCACCACAAGUCUUGCCCAACGGAUAUGUUUACAGUACUAAGGUUCCUGUUAUUCUAGAUGUUCUAUAUAAAAGCAUAGCGUAUAAGGCAAAAUUUUAUUUCUACUAUUUGCUCUUUUGCAGGCUCUGGAAGAGAUGGCUAAGAAGAAUAAUGGUAGAAUUACCUGCCCAAGGACAGGUUUAGUUUGCAGUUACACAGAACUUGUCAAGGCAUAUAUUUCAUAAAUCUACAUGCUUCAUCUUGAUUAAUGAUUGAAAAUGUCCAUUCUGCCUUUGGCUUCAAGCUACUGUGGCUGUCUAGCUUGAAAAUCUACUCUCAUGGGCAUCGCAUUAAUUCGUCUUUACAGUUACUUGUGUUUCGGUGUUGACUUAAACAUGUAAAUAUGUAAAAUGUUGUUUCGAGUAUUCACCAAAAAAAUAAAAACGUUGUUUCAAGUGUCCCUGGUAUAUGACUUAAUC